AUGGAACAAAUAAGUAUUCCAACAUUGGGUUUGAUCAGUGUGAAUUGUGCAGUUGUGAUUGGUAAUCUUCUAGUUUUAUACGUCAUUUUGACCUGUAAAACUUUGCAUACGACAACAAAUCGACUGGUUUUAUCACUAACGAUUGCUGAUUUGUUAUUGGGAAUGUUUAUUUUGCCAUUUGCUAUUAUUCAGGUAUGUUGAGAGGUCAAAGAGCGGUGCCUAGAGAGGGUAGUUGUCAAGGAGUCGCGCCUAUAGAACCUAUUUGACAAGGAUACGAGUCUAGAGAUCACUCUGACAAGGAGCCAUGCCUUCAGAGCUUCUAUGUCAAGUAUCCAAGCCUAGAAAUCCUUUUCCAGACCUAUUUUUAUUUUCACCUUCUCGUAAAUCCGAUAUCUAUAGCUUAUAAGCUCAAAUUUCACGUCAUUCUCUAUUUUUCCGGUGAUUCAAACUACACAGACUCGCUCGCUGAAUCAAAAAUAAAUAAAAACAAAAAAACUUUCACACAUUUUUGAUUGGAAAUGUUUUUUGUUUUGAGGGAGCGAAUUUGGGAUUUGGAAAAAAAUUGAGAAAUCUAGAAGCCACAUGAAAAUGUCUAGGUGGAUUUGAUUAAAUUUUCAAAUCCUUCCCCUGUUCAUUAGAGCGCAUUUGCUUUUUUGUACAUAAACAUAAAUCAACCCCCACUCACUAAACUUUUCAAUCUUUGUCCCAAGAACUUUUUCACACAUUUCUUAAAAUAGCUUUAUCUUCUUCACAUUCUUUGACCGAAAGUUAUUAUUAGCAAUUUGUAUAAGUUUUUCCGGGAUUUUUUUUCGGGUAAACAAGAAAAAACACACGGAGGGGUCAAAGCGGGCAGAAAGAAGCUCCGAGAGAAAUAUUUACAAAAUAAUUUUGCUCUAUCGUUGCGAGACCAAACUAGAUUCUAGAUUUGCUGACGCAUAUUUUGUUUCAGGACAGCGCCGGUUGGCCAUUCGGCUCAAUCGCCUGUAAAAUCUGGAUCAACGCCGACAUCUUCCUAUCAACCGCCUCAAUCUAUCACCUCCUCGCAAUCUCUUUCGAUCGUUAUAUGGCAGUUCGACAACCAAUCAAAUAUCCAAUCAUCUCAUCAACAAAGUCAGUUUUUUUGCUGUUUUUUUUCCUCAAAAUUGGCAUGUUUUCAGAGUUGUUCGAUUUAUGAUUCUUCUCGUUUGGCUAUUUCCAUUUCUUCUCGCUUCCGGCAUGUUCACAUUUGUCAAUGCUGAUUUUGAAAAGGUAAUAGGGAUUCUAGAAGGUACAGAAAAUGCGUCAGCAAAUCUGAGAGCUACGAAAAAUGUGCCAGCAAAUCUAGAAGGUACAAGAAAGACGUCAGUGAAUUGAUAUGCUACAGAAAACGCGCCAGUAAAUUUAGAAGCUACAAAAAAUAUGCCAGCAAAUCUAGAAGGUACAAGAAAGACGGCAGUGAUCUAAUAUGCUACAAAAAAUGCGUCAGCAAUUUUAGAAGCUACAAAAAAAUUUUCAGGAAAUCUAGAAGCUCUGAAAAAUGCGUCAGCAAUUCUGGAACCUACAAAAAAAGUUUUCAAAGGCGCAACAGUAAAAACCUCUUUGGGUCUCGCCACGAAAAACUGUUGUACAAAAUUCCAUUUUCAAUAUUUCAAUAAUUUAUUUCCUGUUCCGUUUUCAUUUCCAUUUUUCAUAAAUUUUUUCGCGCGCGCACUUAAAAUUGCAAAAAGGUUCCUUGUCUGACGGGAAAUCAAAUAAAUCAAAAAAAAAUUGUGUUGCAACAAUGAAAAAAAUCUGCAUAAAGGAGCAAUGAAACAUGGACUUUUUUUUUGAAUUCCAGAUUUCUUAAACUACAGUCUAGUUACAGAAAGAGCAGAGCAAUCAAACCGAAUGCAAACCAACAACUUUGGAUGAUGGUUUGAGAUGGAUGUCUGGAUCGAUAUCAUUUAUAAUCCCGGGAAUUGUGAUGAUCAUUUUGAAUAUUCAAAUAUUUCGAACUGUUGUUGAGACUUCGCGAUCAAUGACGAUUAAAUCGAAAAAUGGAAGUUUGAGGGUUCAUCGAAAGCAGCCGAUUAUUAUAAAGGUAAGAAAGGGUCAAGAUUUUGGGCCGGAAAAAUUAGAUUCUUCUAGAAAUAAUAAAAAUCUUUGGUAAUUUUUAAUUUUUUAAUGAAUUUUCAAGGAAUCAAUUGAUCCAACAUUGUCAUUGAACAAACUAGUUCGACCAAAGGUUUGAAGUUUUCGGUGUGAAAAAUAAUUUUGUUGUGAACAUUUGCUUUAACUCUAUGCUUUAUCAGUUUUACCUUAAGUGAAAAUGAAGCUAAAUUUUUGUGUUUCAGAAAAUCGACGAUCUUCCACACAAUCUUCCCCAACCCGAUCAUCCACAACCCGAAAAAGAUCCCAAAGACAAGGAAAAAGAAUCACAGACGGACCCCGAGAAGUCCGACAAAGUUCUGAAAAAAUCGAGUACAAUCGAUAGUCCGACACUUCGACAUUUGAUUUCGCAUACUGUGGUUUUUGGGGUUCUCGAAGCGAAAAAGACGAAUAUUAUCAAUCAUAUUACACAGUGAGUUUUUUUUGGGAAAUUUUUGGAAAAAGUGAGAUUCUCUCAUUGAAUUUUAGAGAAAAAAGUUCAGAAUUUUUUGGUUAGAGAUUUUCAAGCUUUUAUCUAAAUUUGAAUACCAAAUUACAUAUUUUUGUAAAAUUUUAGUCAAGAAUUUGAUACUACACUACACUCUAGUUAGUCUAAAAACCCCAUGAUUUUUUGAUUUCUCAAUUUAUAAAAUUUGUUUCAAAGAAUUGAAAAAAUGUGGGUGGGUGGAAAAUUAUAGAAAACUUAUGAAUAUGAGUUGAUUUUUCUUCCGUAUUCAAAAAUAAUAGAAAAGGGAUUUUUUGAAGAUAAAGAAAAUUGAACUUGAGUAAAAUAUGAAAAGUUCAAGUAUUUUUAGAAGAGGGGUUCAGAAUUUCUGAAGAUUUCUUUGAAAAAUAUUUUUUUAUAAUACUAUACUCUAGUCUUUUAGAACUUCUUAAAUUCCUAACGUCAGGAAUUUCAGUUGUUCAAAAUGAUAAAGUUUUCAAAAUUAUAUGAACUAGACUCUAGUUAUAGUUCAAAAAUUCAGAACUCCAAGUUUCUUCUACUUUCCCAUCUCAAGGAUUCUCAAGUUGAUGUUUUUCUUUUUUUUUCUGAAAAUGAAGAAAACACAAACUACACUUUAGUUCUUCCUGUUUUCUUUUUUCGCAUCAAAAGGUUCAAACUAAAUAAAUUUUCUAUUGGAGCGUAUGAAGAAAUGUUUGUUAGCAAUUAACAGAGAAACAUGUUUGCAAAAAUAUACAUAAUUAUAAUUAGUGGGAAUAAAAAAUAAAUAAAUGCGUGGGAGAGAUUUGCACUAACUUAUGUAUCUAGGAUUUUGAGCAAAAGUUUUGGAGCUUAAGAAGUUUUCAGGGGGCUUGGAAGUUCUUUUAAGAAGCUUCAGGAGGCUUUAGGGGGCUUUGGGAGGUUUAAGAGCUCCUUAAGGAGCAUUAGGAAGCUUAAAAAUGCCCUAUAUAGCUUCAAGAAGUUUACGAAGUAUGUAAGACAAUUUAAAAAGCUUUAGGAUUCUUUAAAAGGCUUAGAAUGUCCUUAAAAAGCUUAAGCAUAACUUUAGAAAGCUUUACAAUUAGGGGGACUUCGGAAAUUUUAAGAAGCUUUAGGACAAUUUAGGGAGUUUUAAAAAGCUUCAGAUGUCCUGAAGAUUUUUUAAAUUAUUCUUAACAGCAGAUAAUCCCAAUAUUUCCUACAAAAAUAAAUUUCAAAACUCAAUUCCCAAUUUUUCUUCAGAAAACGAAUGGCUCGCCGCUCAAUGCGAACCGAAAUGCGAGUUGCUCGAACCACGGGAAUCGUCGUGGCCGCCUUCAUUUUCUGCUGGACACCAUUUGCCAUUCUCUACGUGUCCGACAUCCAAGUUCCCGGAAUCAUUUUCACAAUUUUCUUCUGGUUGGGUUAUGCGAAUUCGGCGGUGAAUCCACUACUUUAUGCGAUUUUUUCGAGAGAUUUUCGAAUCGCUUUUAAGAGACUUUUUGCCUCGAAAAAUAAGGCGACUAAUUUUUGA